AUGGCAAUGGCCUACCAGCACGUCUAUGUUGCUUCGGUGGCCAUUGGUGCGAAUUACAAGCAGUGUGUUGAGGCCUUUGCCGAAGCCGAGAAGUAUGACGGGCCGGCCUUGCUCAUGUGCUAUGCCCCGUGCAUUGAGCAUCGUUUCUUCAAGACAGGUCUGUCCGCGAUGUCCUUGGACCAGCGCGAUGCUGUCGAGUGUGGCUACUGGCCCCUCUACCGCUUCAAUCCGCAUCUCGCGAAGAUCGGCGACAAUCCCUUCAUCCUCGACUCCAAGAAGGUCACUGGAGACGUCAUGAAGUUCCUGAACCGCCAGAACCGCUAUGCCCAGCUCGUCAGGAGCUCGCCCGCAGUGGCAGAGAAGCUCCAGGGGGAGCUGCAGACAUAUCUGAAGCAGCGCCAUGCCAGCCUGAAAGCCAAGGCUUGCGAACUCUCCCAGGAUGUGGCGGCCCUGAAGGAUGGCUUGAAACAGGCGAACUCCGUUGCCGAGCCUGUUCUCAUCGCCUUCGGCUCGGACACGGGCGUCACGGAGCAGGUGGCCAAGAAGUUUGCAGGCCUCUGCGCUGAGCGCGGCGUCCAGGUCCGGCGGACCUGCGACUUGGAUGAGGUCAGCGACAUGGAGGAGCUCAAGUCCGCUGCGCUUGGAGCGACCAUGGUGGUGAUGUGCUCGACUUGCGGACAUGGCGAUUUCCCACAGAACGCCGGGCUGUUCUGGAGCAGCCUGUCUGCAUCGACGCUGGCCCCCAAGGAGCUCGACUGCGUUCGCUUCUGUGUCUUUGGCAUGGGCGACCGAUCGUAUGCUGAUUCCUUCUGCGAGGCUGCGAAGAAGAUCGAAGAGCGCUUCGUGCAGCUAGGUGCCACACGCAUCUUGGACAUGGGUAUUGGUGAUGACCGGGACGAGGACAAGUGGGAGACGGGCUUUACGGCCUGGCUUCCAAAGUUCUGGGCUGCUAUCAAGGCCCCGGAGCCUGUGGAUGACGGCAGGCCAAAAGCUCCUCUCUUCGAGGUGAAGUACCACGAGAAUGCUGCAGCCGUCACGGCGCCCAUGGUACCUCCUGGCGCGCAGUUGCUGACAGUGACGGAAAACCGACGCCUCACCCCCAACGAGUACGAGCGUGACAUCCGCCACUUGGCUCUGAGCCUCCAGGGCGUUGACUUUCCUUUUGACCUCGGCGACGCCGUCGCUUUGUACCCAGAGAAUUUGCCCCAGGACGUGGAUGAAGCUCUCAAAUUCCUGGACUUGGAUGGCGACAAGGUCAUCAGCGUCAAAUGCAUCGGCGAUGUGUCAGAGCGCCACCGUCGCUGCUUCGAUCAGCGUGUGACGAUUCGGCAGGUGCUGACGAACAUGAUCGACCUCUUUGGUCGUCCAUCUCGUUCCUUUGUGACAGAGCUUGCCCGCUUCGCCAACAACGCCGAUGCCCAGGCCCUCCGGAAACUGGGUUCGCCGGCGGGCAAUACCGCCUGGACGGCACUGGUCGACGAGUGCCCAUCCUUCUUCGACAUCAUGAAGAAGUACCCCAGCGCUAAGAUGCCUCUGGAGCAGCUGAUUUCCGUGCUGCCCAUGAUCAAGCCGCGCAUCUACUCCAUUGCCUCGGAUGCACGCUACAGCCCGAAGGCUGUAGAGUUCACGAUCGUCAUCAACCAGUGGAAAUCCAAGGCAACCGGUGCUGUGAAGACAGGUACCUGCACCAAGUUCAUCCAGCACAUGCCUGUGGGCAGCAAGGUGCCCUGCGCGGUCGUCUGCGGUACGUUCCAGUUCCCGAAGGACGACGUCACUCCAAUGGUCAUGGUUGGCCUCGGAACCGGCAUCGCGCCUAUUCGCUCCUUCAUGCAGGACAAGCUGUACAAGAAGAGCCGUGGAAUCAAAACUGGACCCAUGGUGGUCUUCUACGGCUGCCGGCAUGAAAAGGAGGAGCUCCUCUACAAGGAGGAGUGGAAGAUGUACGAGAAGGAGGGCAUCUUGACGGCGUUGGUGGGCGCUUUCCAGUUCGACAA